CUCAUAUCAGAUACUACCCUAGAAAAUGGAUCUUCUACACGAACUUGAGAGCCUGGCAGUUAUUGCCGAAGAUAACAAGAACCACGAGGGCCCAUUCCAGGAGCUCCUCCAAGAGGCAAAGCCUACAAGUUUCUGCCCAGACGUCUAGACGAAGUUGCAGCUGCAACCACAGGACCUGAAGUCCACAUACCUUGUCAAGCUGGACGGUCCGUUAGGGACUGCGUCCAAGGUCCAAGAGCUUGCUGGGAUGCUCCAUCUCCCCCAGCAAGUAGAGGGAUCCGGAGACGUAUCUGGAGAUGCGUCAUUCUGCUUUGUCAAUGGUGUGGAAAAGCGUGCAAUAAUAGGAGCACUUUUCAACAGCUCCUUCGCUCCCACGUUCAUCCACAUUAACAAGGCAGAGAAGGCCCUUUCAAGCGACAGCGCAGCACCGUGCCUCGGAUACGAUGCGACCCUCCCUCACCACCGCGCCACGGGGCUUGUCCAUGACUUCCUCCCAGCCCAGAACCAGUACCCGGUCUGGUAUUUCUUCUAUGGAACGCUGGCGAACCCGGACGUCCUCGUUGAGAAGCUUGGGCUUUGCACCCGUCCCACCCUCCGACCUGCCACUGUCGACGGGGCCAACAUUCGAACUUGGGGUAGUAAGUACAAGGCUCUGGUGGAUGGCGGCGGCCUAGUGACGGGAUGGGCUUACAAAGUAGCCUCUGCGGGACACGAAGAUGAGCUUCGAUACUACGAGACCAGCCAAUAUGAGGUUGUACGAUGCGCUAUCGUGAUGAAUGACACCAACGAGCGUGUUUGGGGGCUCACUUUCCGCUUCGUCGGUUCUUGUGACUGAGCUGGUGGAUGAUGAAGUGGUGAAUAGAAUGUAUUAUUAGAUUGGUUUGCACGCAGCUCAUUUCCAUAUUACUUAUCAUUAGAGCAUAAAUUCGAAUUCAGGCGUUGGAUCCUUCCUGAAAACACAAG